AUGUCUUUCGUGCGAAGGAGGUUCGUGCUCCGUCAUCCGGUGGUGGUCGACGUCGGCUGCAGCUGCCGGCGGCCAAAGCUCCUAUCUUUCUUCUACUCGUCAACGAAACCCAAGUCCAGUAAGAGCCCUAGCCUCCUUUCCCCUUACGCUACUACUUCACUUUCUGAAACGCUGACGUCCACUACCACCGCCACUACUACCACAAUGACCACCACUGCGACUGCUAUUUCCUCCUCCCCCUCCCGCUACGGCGACUUCGUUUCCUCCCCCUCUCCGCCGUUCCGCCCGCCGGCGACGGGGAAGAGCAAGAAGAAGGGGAAGCGCGUGGCGGCGAGGAAGGGGGUGGUGGAGGGGAGUACGGCGGUGGUGAAGGAUUCCUCGGAUCCGUACCUGGACUUCCGUGACUCGAUGCUGCAGAUGAUCGUGGAGAUGGAGAUCUACGCGUGGGACGACCUGCGCGACCUCCUCCACCGCUUCCUCGCCCUCAACGCCGCCUGCCACCACCACCUCAUCUUCCGUGCCUUCGCCGAGAUCUGGAACGGCGUCUUCGCCGCCGCCUCGCCCCCGCCGCCACCCGCCUCCGCCUUCGCGACACGGCCGCGCCGCCGCUGA